CUGAGUGUGGCGCGAGAGCUGGUUAGGUCCUCAGCACUCUGGACAGCGCCUGACUUCUGCUGCUCCGCUGCUGAGAGAGAGUGUGCUUAUACUCAAACAGGCUGCCAUAAAAUACCAGUCAGGAAAAACAUGAAUGGAACCGAUAUAUUUCACUACACUUGAUUUACAGCGGUUUCCCCCCCAUCUCGCGAUUUUCAGUUGACUUAAUAACCUCCUGUGACGCGCGGCUCAUUUGCACGAUCUGACAUCUUUAUUCAUAAAUAGCCCCCAUUCACAUCUCUCUGACGUUCAUCGACCCUCUGACGAAACCUGCUCUUAUAAGAUUCACAGUAAGUUUGGCUCACUCUGAAAUGUGCUGUAGUGUGCUCUCCUGAGGCGACAGUUGGGCUCUUUUUGCACUGUUGGUGGCAGUUAAGUGGCUGGUGGCUGAUUCACAAAGGUCUCUUUUCCUUAGGUCUCAAUGUAUUUCGGUUCUUUAGAGAUACAACGACUUUAGCAGAGAGAAGAUGAACAUCCAUGUGGAGGGGUUGGUGGCGAUUGUCAUCUUCUACCUGCUGAUCCUUGUAGUGGGAAUCUGGGCAGCAUGGAAAAACAAGAAUUCCGGAGUGGUGGAGGGAACUGAUCGCAGUGAGACUAUUAUGGUCGGCGGAAGGGAUAUUGGAUUAUUUGUCGGCGCAUUUACCAUGACCGCGACUUGGGUCGGAGGGGGUUAUAUCAACGGCACAGCAGAGAAUGUGUAUCUUCCCGGGUACGGCUUGGCUUGGGCACAGGCUCCCUUUGGAUACGCGCUCAGCCUUGUCGUGGGUGGCCUUUUCUUUGCUAAACCCAUGCGCUCCCGGGGUUACGUCACCAUGCUUGACCCCUUCCAGCAACUGUAUGGAAAAAGGAUGGGUGGUCUGCUAUUCAUCCCUGCUCUAAUGGGGGAAAUGUUCUGGUCAGCCGCCAUCUUAUCUGCCCUUGGGGCCACACUAAGUGUGAUCAUUGACAUCGACAUCAAUAUGUCUGUGAUUAUUUCGGCUCUUAUUGCCAUUUUCUACACGCUGGUGGGAGGACUCUACUCAGUGGCCUACACUGAUGUUGUCCAGCUCUUCUGCAUUUUUUUAGGACUGUGGGUGAGCGUCCCUUUUGCACUCUCAAACCCAGCUGUGUCUGACAUCGGAGUGACAGCAGUGAAGCAGCUCCAUGCUAAUCAGACUGCAUGGCUUGGGAAGAUAGAAAGCCCUGACAAAUGGAUGUGGGCUGACAACUUCUGCCUUCUGAUGUUGGGGGGGAUUCCCUGGCAGGUGUAUUUUCAAAGGGUUCUUUCUGCCUCUUCAGCUACCUAUGCUCAAGUCCUCUCAUUCCUGGCUGCCUUUGGAUGUAUCAUCAUGGCUAUUCCCUCCGUCCUGAUUGGAGCAAUAGGGGCUUCCACAGAUUGGAACAUGACAACCUACGGGCCAAUUCCUCCCAUGCAGAGGGACCAGUCCGACAUGAUCUUACCAAUCGUGCUACAGCACCUGUGCCCAGCCUAUAUCUCCUUUUUUGGUCUGGGGGCAGUUUCUGCUGCAGUGAUGUCAUCCGCUGACUCAUCCAUCCUAUCGGCCAGCUCCAUGUUCGCUAGGAACAUCUACCAGCUCGCUUUCCGGCAAUCGGCUUCCGACCGUGAGAUUGUGUGGGUCAUGCGGAUCACUAUUUUUGUGUUCGGGGCUCUUGCGACGGCAAUGGCUCUCCUGACUGGGACUGUCUACGGUUUAUGGUACCUAAGCUCUGACCUUGUCUACGUCAUCAUCUUCCCCCAACUCAUCUGUGUUCUUUUUGUCCGUGGCACGAACACCUAUGGCGCGGUGGCUGGAUACGUUUUUGGAAUGAUCCUGCGCAUUGGCGGAGGGGAACCUUAUCUCAAACUGCCUCCCUUCAUCUACUACCCUGGGUGGACCAUUGAGGAGAAGGUCCAUCAUGUGACCAAUGAGGUGGAAUACCUGGUGUUGCAAAGGUUUCCCUUUAAGACAGUUUCCAUGCUGGCCUCGUUCCUAAGCAACAUAGCCGUCUCACACCUGUUUAAGUACCUGUUUGAGAGUGGCACUUUGUCAGCUAAAUAUGAUUUCUUGGAUGCAGUUGUGGCCAAGCACAGUGCUGAAAUAAUGGACAAGACCACACUGGUGAACAAGAACAUCAUUGGACUGAAUGAAAUGGCCCCAGUCAAGCCAAGACUUAGUGUUACUUUAGCAGCUACCUUCUCCAGGAAAGAAACCCUGACCGAAGAGGAAGACUCCAGCCCGGAGUCACCAAGCCAUGAGAUCAAGUAGAGGCUUUAUGCCUGAUCCUGAGACUCUCUAGUGGCUCCAUAAUGUGAAGAACGGUGCUUCACUCAAUAAGUAAAGAAAUAUCAGAUUUUAAUUACAUAAUUAAUUCACUCCACACCAUUUUCUGGAAUUUCCAUCACUUCUUUCAGAAGGGAACUGGAUAGCAACUGAAACUCUAUUGAAAAUGGCAAAGAGAGAAGAAAACAGCAGAGAUUCGUGUGGUUUGAGUAAUAUUAGGAAAAAAACUGACUUGGUGUUACUUACCUUGAGAAGCUCUUCGACUCCUGUUGGUAUGUACAAUCCUUAGUGACUCUCCUUUCCCUUCUAAAGAAAAUGUUGAGAUACUGUGAUAAUCCUGGAGAAAUAGUAAUAUUAAAGGGACUGUUCACCCAAAAAUGUUCUGUCAUCAUUUACUCAACCUCAUGUGGUCAUACAAUUAAAGUCAGUGGGCUGUUUUGGACCCUAUUGACUUUUGUAUGGGGAAAAAAAGCAGUUCUUCAAAGUAUCUUUUUUGUGUUCUAGCAUUGAAAAUGAUGACAAAAUUUUCAUUUUUGGGAGAAAUAUUCCUUUAAUUCCACUGAAUCUGUACACAAAUCAGUCCAGAUUUUAAAAAAAGAAAGAAAAUGUAACAGUGAUUAUAAUAUAUCAAAUUAUAGCUAUAUAUGAAUAGAUAAUAGGUGUAAGUUCAUGCGUCAUGCCAUUAUGUACGUCAACCUCCCAUGAUAGAUAUUAGUACAGAUUAUCCUAUCGUCCUAUCAUAAAAAUCAAAUGUAGCUAAACAGUUAUAUGCUGUUCCAUAAAUACGUAAUUAUAUAACAAGUGAUGUGCUUCCCAUCUACAGAAUACCUUUAACAACUGUGACAUAAGUGCACAUGUGGCAAAUGUAUUUUUCAUGUUCAUAGUGCAAUAUUAAGGUGAACAGGAAAACAAAGAACAUGGAAAUAUAUAUAUAAUCUUAAAUCGCCUUAAUUAGCUACAGUACAUUGAUUAAAUGGGGGUGAUUGGACAUUAUGCAAACCCGGUUGGUCACUUUGUUGUACUUGAAAAUGAAUGUAGCUGCAAAUGAUUUACCAGAUGUAAUAAUAACCUCUUCGGGUCUGUGAUGUGUUAUAUUUUGUGAUUUGAUGUCAAAAGAAGUCAUUGUACCUGGUUCCAGGAUGAGCCAGCUGCUGUGUUAUUUUGUUGGCUUUAGCAAUACAGAAAUUUGUGUGAUGUGUGUAUUUAUAUUUCAAUGAAUAUAACUGUCCAGUAUUCCACUAAUGUAAAGUAUCACUUUACUGUUCUAUAUAUAAGUACAUAUAUAUUUAUUUGGAUUGGUUGGAGCCAGCUACACAAAUCUAUAUUUAUUUAUUUAUUAAUUGUGGCCUACAGAUUAAACAUAGGAUUGUUAAAAGAUAAUAAAUUUUAUUGUUAAGAC